UAGCUAGAGUGCUAGACUUGUCAUGGCCAAUUAACCUGCUCCAGUACAGCAGCAGCUGCUGUUCACUGGACAUUGACCGUCUAGGAGCCUUCUAGCUAGGUAGGGCUAGAUUAUCACGAUGGCGUUGCUCGUCAAGUGCGUGUUACUCUCCCUCUCCGCCGUGCUCCUCUCUCUCGGCUUUGGCGGCGUCGCCCCUUGCGGCGCCUUCGCCAUGGGCCUGCCCCCGCCUCCGCCGACGGUGAACUUCAGCAUCGGCGUGCAGGGAGUGGUCUGGUGCAAGUCGUGCAGGUACCGCGGGUACUUCCCGCCCAUGGACGCGUCCCCACUCCCAGGCGCGGUGGUGUACCUGCGUUGCCGGCACGGGCGACGCGCGGCGUCGUUCCGGGGCGUGUCAGGCCCGGGCGGCUACUUCCUGAUCCAGAUGUCGCAGCAGGUGGCGGCCUUCACGAGCCAGGAGUGCAGGGUGUACGUGCCGCGGUCGCCGGUGCUCGCGUGCUCCGUGCCUGCCUACCCCAGCGGGAACAAGGGGCUGCCGCUCAAGUUCCAGGAGUUCGUCAAGCGGGGCAACGCGCUGCAGGGGCUCUACUCCGUCGGCAACCGCCUCUUCCGCCCCAAGUACCCCAACAAGUGCUACUGAUCGAACAUCGAAGCAGUUUUUCCAGUGUCCAGGGCGUGUCCGGCCGUAGGUCGUCGUAGAGUUUCUCGUUUCAAGCAUCGCGGCAAGGACUUGAAUAAAUCAACUAGGUUCAUUGACUCUUGGAGACGAAUUAGCCGGGUACUUGUACUAGUGUUGGUUAACGCCUUCUUUUACAGUAGUUCCGCGACCUGCUCGAUCAAGUGGAUGGAUGUAAUAAGAUGAACUGAUCGAGCACCUGUACGUUGAUCAUGUAGCUAUUGUAAGCCGCCUUCAUCAUUUCAAAAUUCUACUGGUACUUAGUUCUAUUACUUUGAAUAGCAUG